GGUGCAGAACAUUGUUCAGAGUGUCGAAACUUUCAGGACGGUGAGUUUUGUGUGGAUCAUUGUCCCAGUGGUGUGAAGGAGGAUCAGCAGACUGUGUGGAAGUACAGCAACGCUACAGGACACUGUCUGCCCUGCAACACAAACUGCACGCUGUCCUGCACUGUGAUGGACGAGAGAGGCUGCCCCAUUGAUACCAGGACAGGACCGGGUACAACCAUCGCAGCUGCAGUGGGUGGCGUGGUGCUCUUCUUCAUCCUGCUCGCUCUGCUGGUCUUCUACCUGAGGAGGCAGAAGAAGCUGAGAAGGAAGGAGACAAUGAGGAGGAUCCUGCAAGAACAUGAGCUGGUGGAGCCUCUAACACCCAGCGGCGCAUCACCCAAUCAGGCUCAGAUGCGUAUCCUGAAGGAGACUGAGUUGAAAAAACUCAGGGUGCUGGGUGCAGGGGCCUUUGGUACUGUUUACAAGGUAUGUGU